AGUACGGACGCCGUUAUUUUAUUAUUAGAAAGAGAAGCCCUGAGAACGCGCCGAACUGAGUUUAGCGAAAUACAAUUUUAGCGUACGAAUAAAAUUAUUAUAAUGAACGUGUGCAACUAAAUAUUUAACGAAAAAAAAAAUUGUUUUAUUUUACUUGGACCGCGUGCAAGGAUUUUCACUAAAUUUUUAAUCAAAAUAUUUGUAUUGUUAUAAUGAAAAUUAAAUAUAAGCCAAACGGGAUUGUUUUAUAUUAUACAAGUGGUUGACCAUUCCGUUUGUUUUCUUGUGCCGAAGCUGUGAUAUAUAUAUUUUUUUGUAUUGUUAGUAAUAAUUUUAAAAUGGACAAAAGUGGAGAUCGGAAGAAGUCUCUGUUAGAGACCAUGAUUUUGACGCCGAUGAAGCAGAAAGUGCCCAAAAUUGGCGUGAGGCACAUUCAAGCCUUACUGAUUUUUUUUUAUUUGCUGGUUACGAUGCUCACACGCUCCACCAUGUCUAUAGCUGUUGUAGCUAUGACUGACAAUUCUACUUCAAAAGAUUCCGAUAUAGUUUAUUACAAAUGGGACAACACAAAUAUUAUUUUGUCCUCGUUUUACUGGACGUACAUCAUUCUACAGCCCUUCUCUGGGUACUUCUUCAAGCAUUUUGGACUUAGGAGGUGUCUGAUGGCCACUGUGUUGCUCAAUGGAGUAGCAUUUACUCUUAUACCUUGUGCAGCUGCUAGUUUUGGGUAUAUGGGUGUCAUUGCUUGUCGAAUGUUGCAAGGCUUUCUACAAGGAUUCACAUUCCCCGCCUGCCACGCAUCCCUUGGGCUAUGGGCACCUCUAAGUGAAAGGUCUAAGUUAACUGUACUAAUUUAUUCAGGUUGUAACGUGGGUGUAAUGCUUGCCAUGCUGAUAACCGGCUACAUUUCCUCCUCACCCUACGGUUGGCCGUUGGUAUUUUACAUUUUCGGUGCUACCGCGAUCGCUUGGUGUGUUGCCUGGUACUUCUUAGGAUUUGACAGUCCGGCCAAACAUCCCAGAAUAGGAGAGGUCGAGAAGGUUUACAUUAUGGAGUCCCUGGAGCACUGCGAGGAGACGAACAACUCGAACUUGCCGAUCAAGCAGAUUCUAACCUCGCUACCAUUUUGGGCGCUGGCCGUUUGCAACAUUGGAAACACUUGGGGGAUCAAUUUGCUCGACUUGGAAAUUCCUACUUAUAUCGGAAAGGUGUUGGGCUUCAACAUAAAUGAAAAUGGAGUUAUAUCAGCACUACCACAAAUAACACAGCUGGCACUCUCUUUAGUGUUCGCUCCAAUCACUGAUUAUAUUGUAGAGAAAAAGGUGUUAUCUUUGAUGAACUGCAGACGAUUGUUUCAGAUAUUUGGCUCACUCGUUCCUUCAGCCAUGCUGCUAUGGCUCGCAUUUAUAGACAAAUCACAAACUAAACUAGUGAUAGUACUGCUAAAUAUAAUCGUAGGAUUAACAGUAUUUUUAUAUAAUGCGUCAUAUAUCAACCAUGUAGACAUAUCACCGAGGUAUGCGGGCUUAAUGUUGGGCAUGGAGAACAGCAUUUCUCAAAUGGUGGGACUCACUGGUCCGCUGUUUGUGCAGUACAUAGUUACUGAUAUGAGUGAUAUUAAACUAUGGAGCCACGUAUUUAUGGUAAUAUCUGUGAUAACAGUAAUAACGACGCUCUUCUUCAUGAUCUUCGGUUCGGCCAAGAUCCAAUGGUGGAAUUCCUGGAACAGUUCGUCCACCGAGAACGUUCGAGAUCCUUUAAAUCCUGAUGUUAAUAUAGAUGAAAAUAAAGUCUGAUUAUUUUUUAUA